CAGGACACACACAUCACAUCUGCAAACACGCUUUCAUUGCGAUCUGGACUGGGCCUACGAAAAUGCCGACCCUCGCUCGUGCCACAUGAAGAUGACGACCCGCUUCAGCACAUUGAUCCUGUGUUGCCUCCUUACAGUCUGUGAGUCUGGCACCCCGCGUGUGGUGGGCACCGUGGGUCAGAACAUCACACUGACCUGCAGGUACGACGUCAUUAAACACGGGCGUAUGCCGGCUUGCUGGAGCCAGGGAACUUUGCCGUGGUCAGGCUGCGCUAAGGAGAUCAUCUCCACCGACGGAUCCAGAGUGAUGGUAAAAAACCAAAGGUACAGAAUGCUGGGUCGGCUGGAGGCCGGGAACGUUCCGUUGACUAUCCUGAACGUGAAGAAGGAGGACGCCGGAGUGUACGGCUGCCGGGUGAAGGUGUCGGGUAUUUUCAAUGAUGAGAAAAACCACAUCAAGCUGAUCAUAAAGGACGCUCCUCAAACUUCCACUUUAAAGACAGACCUGCUUACGGACGGCGUUGCUGUCGGCAGCACAGCAGCUCAGACGACUUCCUUGGAAGGGCUCCAAACUUCGUCCUCAAUCAAAAUCAUAAUUCAGAAUGAGCGGCGCAACGGCCCAAGAUCAAUGCUGCUGAUGGGCGUCUUCUUUGGGUUGACGCUCUUCGUCGCCAUCGCUGGCGUCGUGGCCAUCGUCGGUAGACGACGGAGGCGACUCACCAAAAUUCAUCAGCAGCCAGCGUUCGUCCCUUCGGUGCGCUUCAGCUCGUCGUCGUUGCCUCCGAACCUCCAGCACCGAGCCGCAGCCGUGGAGAACGUCUACCAGACGGAGGGAGACGAUUAUUACGAAAAUUUGCCCUGACGCCUCCGCGGCCUUGCCAAAACAUUCCAUUUCAUGAUGUCAAUAGCAACUGUUGCUUGGGACGCCACUUUAAACAGAAAAAGCAUUAAACAUAUUCUUUAAAAUCCUGUGCUAAUGUAUUUGAAUUCAGAAAUAAAAAAUAAUAAUAAAAAU